AUGAAACCACUACCGACAUUUCCAAUGCACAUGUGCACUCUUCUCUUAUACCUAACAGCUGUUUUUUUGACGCCUUGUUCAGUAAGUGCAUCCAUUUUUAUGACUGAAGAUAAAACAUGCGACCCGCUGGCAACAAACUGGCUAGCUUAUACCGGGUUCCGCGUGCAACGACUCUACGGAUACUCCAUAUAUCCAGGGCUCCCUGAAACCCGUCAUGUAAUGCUUCUUUCACAUUGCUCGCAGGGACGCGUGAACUAUGGACCUGCAGUUGUACCCGUAGGACGACAUGAAGACAUUGCAUGGGGGGUCAACAUUUGUGGGAGCACUCCAGACCCAAGUGCACUUGCACCUGCGCCUGUCUCAUUUGUAGAUCGACAACUAAAAAAGAAAUUGUUGCGGCUGAAAAAACGAAGACAACGAUGGACACUUAAAAACCCGCUUUAUCGAACAAAGUAUGGAACUAAGGUGUGGGUGAAGUGGAUUGCAAGUCCCAAAAGACGAUGGUUGUUUCGACAAGUGCGGAAAAUGAAUACCAAGUUACUUGCACAACAAGAAAAAGAAAUGAAUACAAUUUAUAAAAACGAUAACAAUACCAAAAAAGCAUGGAACUAUAUGUAUGAGAACCCGGAUGAUGACGAAUUGUUAGCAUUGUCAAAAAACGGCAUGGCCAUUGACCAACUAAGCAUGAUGAAAGUCGGGCCUCUUGAGCGGUUUUAUGACUGGAGACGCCGAGUGUUGCUUGCUGCAUCGUUACGCAUGGAAGCCGUGUUAAAUUCAACAAUACCUUUGGCUGAUGCACACAGACUAAUGAAUGGAUACGGAGCAUUGGAUUCGACUGCUAACGGAGGGUCGGAGCGCAGUAAAUUUUGGCGUAAAAUGGGCGGCAAGUUUAAAAAAAAUGCUGUACCCCAAUACAUGUGGGGAGAAAGUAAUGCUGAUACACAAAACUUGAAUGGGGGGGAACCUGAAAGUAAAGAUCAGUUGUCUCUUGAUACCGUAGGUGGAAUGUUCCCUGGAGGCGGGUCGUCCAUAGUGUCGCAUGCAUUGUCACGAUUGUCUUCGAAUCCGUUAGACCCAUUCACAGAUCCACCACCAUAUUGUUACCGGCUUGUUCGAAGGAAGCGAUAUGCGCUGCGACAUGUAUCUGUGUAUAUGCAAAACACAAUUGUAGGAGGGUUGUUUAUGUGUCCACGGUACGGGCGAUGCACAAACCAAAAUGCAAUACCUGUGUUGCCGUUGUAUAGCGAUAAUUAUGAAGGCCAGUGGAUUGAGGCAGGCCCCAUUCAGUGGUACAAAGCAGGAGCUCAGAGUGCGGAACUUGCCCGAGCAGCGUUUGCACGGGCCGCUGGGGUUGAUUUUUCAAUGAGUAAAGUAUGGGGCAUGAUAUUUUCUGAUUUGAAAAAAAGCAGUAAUUCAGGGGAUGAGGGAAAUGCUGAAGAUCAGACACAAGUAACAACAACACCUGAUGACGAUGGCACAGGAGAAACUCAAACAAUCAAGCUGGGUAAACAACUAGUUGCUCCCAUGAAACGCAAAGUACAAGCCACAAUGGGACUAUUGGCAAAUAGACUACCUACAUGGCUCUCUCUCCGGCGGUCUGUGGUUCAGCGGGUCCCGUUUUUGUACACAUCUGCAGCAGAUGGGCGGCGUGGACAUGAGAGUGACGGGGUAGCAGGGCUAUGGCCGUUAUGGGCACACGAGCUGGAAGUUGACGAGGAGUAUGAGUAUGACACAUUGGAGACACAGUUUGUGAAUCGUGCAGUGACCAAGGCUGUGAAUGUAAUGGCAUCGAGUGUUCGGCGGAUUGAUUUUAAUUGGGAAACAAUGUUUAAAGAAGAAAAAGAAAAGGAAAAGGAAAAAGAGAGUGAAAGUGAAAGUGAAAAUGAAAAUGAAAAUGAAAAUGAAAAUGAAAAUGAAAAUGAAAAUGAAAAUGAAAAUGAAAAUGAAAAUGAAAAUGAAAAUGAAAAUGAGAAUGAGGACGAGGAGGAUAGUUUAGGAUCUGAAAAAGAAAGAUUGGGAGUGAAAACUCUCAAGACAUGGCCCUUUACAUCCUUUUUUUCAAACAAUAUGUUGUAUAGGCUGCGCACCCUCGGAUUUUCCAAAAAAAAUGUGUGGGAGACGGUGCGUAAGUUGCAAGAGCCGUUUGACGAAAUACCGACUUGGCUCAAUAGCUUACCAAUUCGAGCUCAAAUGAGUAACCCAAAAUAG